AGUAUAAAUACGAGAAACCGGGCACACCCUCAAACUGAGAAAUCCUCUCCAUUUGGUCUCCUCCGCCCUCCAUCCCCGUAGAGCGAGAGCACCCUCCCCCCCCUCUCUCUCUCUCUCUCCUCUUCCCACUCAGAAGGACACCAUUUUCUAUCUCCCCAACCCUAGAUCCCUCUUUCAGAAAAUCAAACAACAAGAAGUAUAUAAUCUAAAUCUCUAAAACAAAACGAACAUCAUGGCCCAAGACUCGUCCAAUUCACUCUCGGAAACCCUAGAUUCUUCUCUCUCCCUUGCCGACGACGCGAUCGCCGAUCACCACCACCAAUCUUCGCCGUCGUCAUCGACCGCGUCGUCAUUAUCAGAUCCGUCUCUCUCUAGAAACUCGUCCUUCAGUCGACUCAACGCCAAGGCACCCGAGUUCGUACCCCGCAGCAGCAGCAGCUCGUCCUUAUCAUCGCUGUCCAUGCCGCAGCAGCAACCUUCGACCCACGGAUUGAUCCACGUGUACCCCGGCCCCACUCCUGCCUUCCAUGUUCCCAUUCACGGCGCCGGCGGCGGCCACGUGCCACAUCAUCACCCGCAUCACGUUCCGGUUCAGUAUCAUCAUAAUCAUAAUCGUCCGGUUCAGGUUUCUGUUGCCGUUCAAGCUCAACAACCUGUUGCCGUUGUUGUUGAGCCGGAUCAUGUGCCUCCGUUGAGGAACGGUCUGUCCGAGGAAGCUACUCUGAAGAUUCUCAAUCAGGUGGAGUAUUAUUUUAGUGAUCUAAAUUUGGCUACUACCGACCAUCUAAUGAAGUUCAUCAACAAAGAUAUUGAAGGAUAUGUGCCAAUAAAUGUUGUUGCGUCUUUCAAGAAGAUUAAAGCUGCUAUAAAUAGUAAUUCUCAGCUUGCUAGUAUUCUGCGGAACUCGAAUAAGCUUGUGGUUAGUGAAGAUGGAAAAAAAGUUAAACGCCACCGUCCCUUGACUGGUUCAGAAAUGGAAGAGUUGCAAUCUCGCAUAGUUGUUGCUGAAAAUUUACCCGAGGACCAUUGCCACCAGAACCUCAUGAAGAUUUUCUCUGCUGUGGGAAGUGUGAAGACAAUACGUACCUGUCCGCCUCAAACCUCCAAUGGUGGGGCAUCUUCAGCUGGUAGAUCAGGAAAAGCAGAUGGCAUGCUAUUCAGUAAUAAGUUGCAUGCAUUUGUGGAAUAUGAAUCAGUUGAACUGGCUGAGAAAGCGGUUGCAGACCUGAACGACGAGGCUAACUGGAGGAGUGGACUGAGAGUCCGUUUGCUGCUUAGACGCACAUCAAAAUCUGCUCGAGGGAAGAGGAUUGAUCACGAAGGAAAUGCAAACCUCGAGGAAGAUGACACAUCUACAUCUGAGCAGCUGCAGCCAAAUGACAAACACCUUGAAGAUCCUGCUGAACAACUUGAUUCCCAAUCACAUGAGCAUGCAGGAGAUGAGAAUUUACAUGAAAAGGAGGGGGGCCAGAAGAAGGGGCGCAGUCGUGGCCGAGGCAAAGGACGUGGACGUGCCCAGUAUCAUCAUCAUAAUAACCGUGGAAGUCAUAUAGGAACUCCACCCUCUAGUAAUUUGGUCAAUAAUCAUACUGAGCAGCCAAGCAUACCCAAGCAACCUCCAGGGCCUCGCAUGCCAGAUGGGACUAGAGGUUUUUCUAUGGGCCGGGGUAAGCCUAUCACUGUCAACAUCGCAUCGUAAUUGACUGUCAUAUAUCUACACAAGUGGUGAGCAAAUAACAUUUUAUCACGAGGGUCAUGUUUAUGUCGGGGGGUGUGGCAAAUGUGUCUCUGUUUUGUGCUGAGUUGGUGGCAGGGUUUUAUAAGGAGCUGUCUAUCAAUUUGUAAUUGGUAUAAAAGGUUGACCUAGCAGUAAGUUUUGACUACUUUCUACUACUACUACCGAGUGUUUUUAAAUAUGUAUCCUAAGUAAGGAGCUUGGAGAAACAACUGUGGAUUUUGUUCUGCUAGUUGCCUCUUGUCUUUUUUGGUGUUUUGCUACUAAUGUAAGAAGCCAAUACAAAAACCUUUGGGGGAUGCUUUAUAUUAAAUGAAUUUGAGAAUGUAUACAUUUCAAAUUCGCAAUAUAAACUGCUCUUUCAUC